UUAUAGCCUUUUAUAUGAGCUGCCUCAAAUCUAAGACUUUAUCAUUAAUUUACUGCGACAUCAUUUGUUUUUCGGCGGUCAGUUGCAUGGAGUGCGUUGUGAUAAGUGAACGUGAAGCUGGAUGUUGAUAGCGUAGCAAAAGAACCCGUGGAACUUCAGUAAAAGGACAGGUUUGUUGAAGAUCGAUAGCUAGAAACCGGUUGAUAGCAAUAACUGGAUGAACUUUGUUCUCGUGUAGAUUUGAGUCUUGUUUUUCAAAACAUUUAUGCUGUUUGCGGAUGUGUAGUGAUAAUAUAAGUAAUGCCGGUAGACGUAGUAAACAAAGAUCUGCAGCAUGAACGCAGUAAGUGCACUUUCAAUCAGGAAGAGUUCACUCUCUGGUGGGUAGGUGGACAAGACAAGUUGGACGAGAAGAGGUUUACGGAAAAUUAUUAUGUUAGCCAGCCGGAGUUUCACGAUACGACACCAUUGCACUACGCAUCACACCAAGAAAUCUACGAGCAAACGGUACGCAAAGCGACGGUCAUAUUCACCAAAGUGAAGAAGUUACUUCAAGAACAGGAAAAAUACGAUGCCAAAAAUUACGUUAACUUCCUUGAUUCGCUCCUGGGAACGGGCGUUAUCAAGGAGGGCAGUCCACUAAGGCUUCACUUUGUUAUGUUCAUCCCAGCGAUUGUCGGACAGGGAAGUGCGGAACAGCAAGCAAAAUGGCUCGAUAAAGCGCUUAACUGUGAAAUACUUGGAACAUAUGCGCAGACUGAACUCGGCCACGGAACCUUUCUCCGGGGAUUGGAAACUACGGCUACCUUCGAUGAGACAACCGAUGAAAUUAUACUCAACAGUCCUACACUGACUGCUUACAAAUGGUGGCCGGGAGCUUUGGCUCAAACCGUGAAUCACUGCAUUGUAAUGGCACAGCUGUACUCCAACGGGAAGUGUCAUGGUGUUCACGCGUUUAUGGUACAGGUUCGCGAUGAAGACACGCAUAUGCCACUGCCAGGAUUGGAAAUCGGUGACAUCGGCCACAAAAUGGGUUUUAAGGGGGUCAAUAAUGGGUAUCUUGGUUUUAAGAAGUAUCGAAUUCCCCGAGCCAACAUGCUCAUGCGAAAUGCACAAUUGCUUAGAGAUGGGACGUAUGUUAAACCUGUCUCUUCAGUACUGACCUACGGUACCAUGGUCUUCGUACGAGUGAUCAUCGUCAGUGGAAUGGCUCAUAAUUUGGCUAAAUCGGCUACCAUUGCAGUGAGGUAUUCGUCCGUGCGGCGACAGAGUGUGAUCAAUCCAGAUCAACCGGAGGUGCAAAUAAUCGACCAUAUAACCCAACAAGGAAAACUACUACCUCAAAUCGCCAAGGCAAUUGCUCUGAAGUUAACGGCCGAUAAUUUGUGGCAAAUGUACCAGGAAACGACAUCGGAUUUGAAUUCUGGUAAAUUGGAUCGUUUACCGGAACUUCAUGCCAUCGCGUGUUGUUUAAAAGUCGUUUCUACGUCCGAUGCUGCCAGUGGAAUCGAGAUGUGUCGAUUGGCUUGUGGGGGUCACGGAUACUUAUCUUGUGCUAACUUUAUGAGUUUCUACACCGUCGCUACGGCUGCCUCUACCUAUGAAGGUGAAAAUACUGUACUGUUGCUGCAGACUGCCAGAUACCUUAUUAAAAUGUGGAACCACGCCCUUAAGGGCAAACAACUGAUGCAAACGGUGCAAUAUUUGGCAGAGUUUGCUGGGAAAUCCACCAAACGACUACCAUGGAGUGAUUCUAUACCGGUCAUCAUUUCGGCUUUUCAGGUCAUCACAGCCAACCGAUUGAACCAUGCGAAUGCACGCAUUGAGCAACGCAAACGUAAAGGAUUUACACCGGAGGAAGCCACCAACUUAACCGGGCUGGAAUUAAUACGUGUGGCUGAGCUCCACGGCCGUGGGUUUGUUUUGCAGUCCGCCUACGAAAUGAUCGAAACGGCCUGCCAGACAGCUUCUCCUGAACUGACCCGAGUGCUGCGAGAAUUGUGCCAGUUGGUGGUAUUCGAUGAAGCGUUGAAGGUUGUCGGGGAUUUAAUGAGGUUUACAACCAUGUCGGAGAGAGACCUCGCGAAGUUACAACAAAAAUAUGAAGCCUCUUUAGCGGCCAUACGCCCAAACGCCGUUGGGAUUGUGGAUGCUUUUGAUUAUCCAGAUUAUGUACUGGGCUCCGCUCUCGGAGCAUUCGACGGGAACGUGUACCAGCGUUUGCUUGAUGAUGCUAUGCGGAGUCCCUUGAACCAGGAACCAGUUAACAAAACAUUUGAACUGUACCUGAAGCCACUGAUGCGGGCGAAGCUGUAGACGUGAUGCGAGCAGGGAUUUCGAAGAAAAUACCAUUGGCGAACCUAUUGGUGAUAGUUUUCAUUUGAACUUGUUUUUAUUUACUAUUAGACAUGGGAAUUCAGCAGAUACAAACAAUGCUACAUUACAGUUAAAAAUAAAAACAGAUUGUGAGAUUUUCAAA